GCUGCUUCUCAAAGUUGGCGGGAAAGCAGCGGCACGGAGGAAUGGCUGCGGCUGCGGACUCGUUCUCAGGCGGCUCCACGGCUGUGCGGCUGCCUAGGUCGCCGCCACUCAAGGUGCUGGCAGAGCAGCUGCGGCGAGAUGCGGAGGGCGGCCCAGGCGCGUGGCGCCUGUCUCGGGCGGCGGCGGGCCGCGGGCCGCUGGCGCUGGCGGUCGUGUGGAUGCAGGGCACGGUGAUGAUGGCGGACCGCGGCGAGGCCAGGCUGCGGGACCCGAGCGGGGCCUUUUCGGUCCGCGGCCUGGAGCGGGUGCCGCGCGGGCGACCCUGCCUCGUCCCAGGAAAGUAUGUGAUGGUGAUGGGAGUGGUGCAGGCCUGCAGCCCCGAGCCAUGCCUGCAGGCUGUGAAGAUGACAGACCUUUCUGAUAAUCCCAUCCAUGAAAGUAUGUGGGAACUGGAAGUGGAAGAUCUACACAGGAAUAUUCCUUAGAUGAUGUUGGAACUGUCGUUAAAAACAACCAAAAUCCUGGAACGAUUUAAAACUCAUAAUGAUGUGGAUUUCAUGGACAUUUUUCAAUGCGUAUUUUUCAAAAGUUUCUCAGAGAGCCUUGCUGUGGCUGACCAAGGAGUCCGGAUGUAGGAAUGUUUAAAUCCUGGGAUACUUCAGUGACAGCCUCUGCUGCCCCUUGCUUUGCCUGUGUUUGCUGAUAAAAAGCAAAUGCUUUUUGUUUUCCUGGUGUAUGUGUGUGUGUGUUAAUUCUCUCUCUUUUUCUCUCGGACACAGAGGUCUCAUGUUGCAUUUUCCAAAUUUUAUGCCUGACGAUGCUUUUUCCAUUACUGCUAUGUCCCUGUUUUAUGAUGCAAAAUUUAUCUCAGUCAUUGCCUGUGGUGAUUGAAGUGUGGCUAUUGGCAGGAAGACAGAAUGUGUAAAAAAGGAAUGACAUGGCUCCUCAUCUUCUUCAUCAGCAACUACCAUAACCAGUUUGCAAGUCAAAUGGCAUUUCCUAACAGCAGGCACGGUGGCCCCAGAAAGACAACAGCUCCCUUUCUGCUUUGGACACCACUCAAACAUUUAGAUACCACUCUAUCCAUUUCCCUCGGCUAGAGAAGGUAAUACCUACUUUCAUCACUCAGAAAUGUUGAGACGUUUUCAGAAUUUCUUGUUGAAAAGAAAAACAUCAAGAUUAACUUUGGGAGGCCCAGGCGGGUGGAUCACGAGGUCAAGAGAUCGAGACCAUUCUGGUCAACAUGGUGAAACCCUGUCUCUACUAAAAAUAUAAAAAAUUAGCUGGGCAUGGUGGCGCGUGCCUGUAAUCCCAGCUACUCGGGAGGCUGAGGCAGGAGAAUUGCCUGAACCCAGGAGGCGGAGGUUGCAGUGAGCCAAAAUCGCGCCAUUGCACUCCAACCUGGGUAACAAGAGCGAAACUCCGUCUCAAAAAAAAAAAAAAGAUUAAGGAUGUCUUUCAGGCCUUAGCUAAACUUCCACUUCAUAACUUUGGGAGAGACACGGCAAGCCUCCUGGUUUAGAGUUCUUUUGUCUUUUUGUAUGGAAUGACUUUGCUGUGAUUUGAACGUUGGCUUUUUGCUGUCUGCUUAGUACCCAUGCCUAAGUUUUUGAGAUUGUACAUAUCAAGGGAGUUAGGUUAUGUUCUGACAUGGUUGUAGACUUUCACCAGGAUUAUUGAUAUUGUAGUUCUAAUAAAUUGUUUAAUAUGCUGUAUGGGUUGUUUUUUAAAUAG